GAUGAAUGAUUUGGAGGAAGAGGAGGACGGAGCAGAGUCUCUGAUAUCCAGCUGUCUGUCUAUGAAGAGUGACUGGUCUAAACCUGAACCUCCAGGCUUCAGUAAAGAACCUGGACCCUCAGACACACAUGUUACUGGUUUACCUGUCAGACUCCAGAAGAUGAAGGAUUCGGAGGAAGAGGAGGACGGAGCAGAGUCUCUGAUAUCCAGCUGUCUGUCUAUGAAGAGUAACCGGUCCAACAAUGAACCUCCAAACUUCAGUAAUGAACCUGGACCCUCAGACACAAAACAGAGAGCAGAGUCUCCAGUACCCAGCUGUCUGUCUAUGAAGAGUGACCGGUCCAACAAUGAACCUCCAAACUUCAGUAAAGAACCUGGACCCUCAGACACACAUGUUACUGGUUUACCUGUCAGACUCCAGAAGAUGAAGGAUUCGGAGGAAGAGGAGGACGGAGCAGAGUCUCUGAUAUCCAGCUGUCUGUCUAUGAAGAGUAACCGGUCCAACAAUGAACCUCCAAACUUCAGUAAUGAACCUGGACCCUCAGACACAAAACAGAGAGCAGAGUCUCCAGUACCCAGCUGUCUGUCUAUGAAGAGUGACCGGUCCAACAAUGAACCUCCAAACUUCAGUAAAGAACCUGGACCCUCAGACACACAUGUUACUGGUUUACCUGUCAGACUCCAGAAGAUGAAGGAUUCGGAGGAAGAGGAGGACGGAGCAGAGUCUCUGAUAUCCAGCUGUCUGUCUAUGAAGAGUAACCGGUCCAACAAUGAACCUCCAAACUUCAGUAAUGAACCUGGACCCUCAGACACAAAACGGAGAGCAGAGUCUCCAGUACCCAGCUGUCUGUCUAUGAAGAGUGACCGGUCCAACAAUGAACCUCCAAACUUCAGUAAAGAACCUGGACCCUCAGACACACAAGAGAGGAAGAGGAAGAGGAAGAGGAGGGGUGUUUCUGUGGAGGAGCAGCGGUCCUGCUGUUCUUUGUGUCAGGACGUCCUGAAGGAUCCAGUCUCUACCAGCUGUGGACACUGGUUCUGCAGACAGUGCAUCAGCUCAUACUGGGACCAGUCUGCUCCAUCAGGAGACUCCUCCUGUCCCCAGUGUGGAAAAAGAUCCAGAACCAGUCCUGGACUGCAGCAGGGGGGCAUAAUGGCGAAACUUAAAGAGGAGCUCUUGAAUACUCUGCAUGAAUUAAAAGAAGACGAGUUUAAGAAGUUCAAGUGGUUCCUGGAGCUGGAUGACAUCCUGAAGGGCUAUAAACACAUCCCAGUGGCUCAGCUGGAGAAAGCAGGAAGGGAGGACACAGUGGAUCUAAUGGUACAGAAACAUCAGGAUCAUGGAGCUCUGCAGCUGACCAAGAAGGUUUUAGAAAAGAUCAACAGGAAAGAUCUGGUGCAGCGUUUACAAAACUCCCCCUCAGGACCAAAAGCAGAAACUGGUCUGCAGGAUGUUUCAGAUUAUAAGAACAGUCUGAAGUUGAGAUGUCAAGAAGUGACUGAAGGAAUUGAUGAAGAUGAAAGAACCCUCCUCAAUGAUAUCUACACUGAGCUCUACAUCACAGAGGGACGGAGUGAAGACGUUAAUACCCAACAUGAGGUGAGGCAGCUUGAGACAGCUUCCAAGAUGAAGACCCGCCAUGACACUCCAAUCAAGUGUCACGACAUCUUUAAACCCUUACCUAACAAACAGAAACUCAUCAGAGUCGUUUUGACGAACGGCGUCGCUGGCAUUGGAAAAACCUUCUCAGUGCUGAAGUUCACUCUGGACUGGGCAGAGGACUCAAAAAACCAAGAUGUCAGUCUGGUGAUUCCACUUUCAUUCAGGGAGCUGAACUUGAUCAAAGAUAAGCGGUACAGUCUCCUCAUGUUGAUCCAUGAAUUCCAUCCAACAUUAAAGGAGGUCACAGCAGAAAAUCUCAAGUCUAAAGACUGUAAAGUUGUGUUCAUCUUUGACGGCCUGGAUGAAAGCAGACUUUCACUGGAUUUCAACAACAGGAAGAUCGUGUCUGAUGUCACACAGCAGUCAUCAGUCAACGUGCUGUUUACAAACCUCAUCAAGGGGAAUCUGCUUCCCUUGGCUCUCAUCUGGAUAACUUCCCGACCUGCAGCAGCCAAUCAGAUCCCUCCUACAUGUGUUGACAGGGUAACAGAAGUACGAGGCUUCACUGACGUCCAGAAGGAGGAGUACUUCAGGAAGAGAUUCAGUAAUGAAGAUGAAGAGCUGUCCAGCAGAAUCAUCUCACACAUCAAGACAUCCAGGAGCCUCCACAUCAUGUGUUACAUCCCAGUCUUCUGCUGGAUCAUUGCUGCAGUUCUGGAGUACAUGAUGACUACAGACCAGAGAGGAGAGCUGCCCAAGACCCUGACUGACCUGUACUCACACUUCCUGCUGCUUCAGACAAAGAGGAAGAGGCACAAGUAUGAUGAAGGACAUGAGACGAGUCUGCAGGAGCUGACGGAGGCUGACAGGGAACUUCUUCUGAAGCUGGGGAGGCUGGCGUUUGAACAACUGCAGAAAGGAAACAUCAUAUUCUACCAAGAAGAUCUGGAGCAGUGUGGUCUUGACGUCACAGAGGCCUCAGUGUUAUCAGGAUUUUGUACAAAGAUCUUCAGAAGAGAGAAUGUGAUCUUCAUGAAAACAGUCUACUGCUUUGUUCAUCUGAGUGUUCAGGAGUUUCUGGCUGCAGUCUACAUGCACUACAUGAUGAUGACAAUGGUGAUGGUGAUGAUGAUGAUGAUGGUGGUGGUAGUGAUGAUGAUGAUGAUGAUGAUGGUGGUGGUGGUGAUGAUAACCGUUUCAUCUCUGGAUGUCUACCUGAAGAGAGUGAUGGUGAAAUCUCUCCAAAGUAAAAAUGGCCACCUGGACCUGUUUGCUCGUUUCUUUCAUGGCCUCUCACUGGAGUCCAACCAGAGUCCCUUAGGAGGCCUGCUGGGUCAGACAGAGAACAGUCCAGAAACCAUCCAGAGAGCCAUCAACAACCUGAAGGAGAUGAACACUAAGGAUAUCUCUCCUGACAGAAGCAUCAACAUCUUCCACUGUCUGAUGGAGAUGAACGACCUCUCAGUACAUCAGGAGAUCCAAGAGUUCCUGAAGUCAGAGAACAGAUCAGAGAAGGAACUCUCUGAGAUCCACUGCUCAGCUCUGGCCUACAUGCUGCAGAUGUCAGAGGAGGUUCUGGAUGAGUUGGACCUGGAGAAGUACAACACAUCACGGGAGGGACGACUGAGACUGAUCCCAGCUGUGAGGAACUGCAGGAAGUUUCGACUUUCUGGCUGUUUGCUCUCAGAGACUCACUGUGAAGUUAUGGCCUCAGCUCUGAAGUCCAACCCCUCCCAUCUGAGAGAGCUUGAUCUGAGCCUCAACCUACACAUUUCUGAUUCAGCAGUGGAUCAUCUGUGUGCUGGACUGAAGAGUCCAAACUGUAAACUGGAGAUUCUGAGAUUUUUUUGCUGUUACCUCUCAGAGACUCACUGUGAAGUUUUGGCCUCAGCUCUGAAGUCCAACCACUCCCAUCUGAGAGAGCUUGACCUGAGCAUCAACAGAUUCAUAUCUGAUUCAGCAGUGGAUCAUCUGUUUGCUGGACUGGAGAGUCCAAACUGUAAACUGGAGACUCUGAGAUUGAGGGACUGCCUGUUGUCAAAGAUCAGGUGUGAUUCUCUGGCCUCAGCUCUGAAGUCCAACCCCUCAUCCCAUCUGAGAGAGCUGGAUCUGAGAAAUAACCACGACCUGACGGACUCGGACGUGAAGCAGCUCUCUGAACUUCAGAAGAGUCCAGACUGUAGACUGGAGACUCUGAGAUGGAAGGAGCAGUGGCGAUCUCUGUCAGAGUGAACAUCCAGGAGUGUGUGUUGAGAGAGGAUCAGCUGGAUCCUGAUGAUCCAUCUGGACCGGAGUCUGGAUCUGGAUUUUGUCAUCUUCACUUAAGUCUCUUAACUGACUACAAACUGAACAGUUAUCUCUGGAUUCUGUUGAAUCAGCACUUUACAGAUGUGUUAUACAUGAGCUGUUUGAUGCAGAAAAGAUUAAAAACAGGUGUUAUAAGUCAGACUCUGACCCUGGGCCCAUAUUUAUCAAGCGUCUCAGAGUCACACUGAGAGUUAACGAGGACUAAAACUAAUUAAUGAAGCAGAAGAGAAUUUACUGUGACUGUCAGCAGGAGAAGGAUUACUCCUGGGAGAGAGUGAGA